ACUGAGUUAUGCAGAAAUCAGUAUUAAUUUCUCUGUACUUUUUCAACUGCUGUAAACGAGCACUAAGUCAGUGUUUGCUGUCAGAAUGCAGUUUGAGCUACAAGAAUGCCAUCUAUUCAGGAGAGAGCCAGGAGAUUGAGUGAGUGGCCUACUUAUGAUAACACUGAAGAGCUGACUCAAAGCAGAGGGGGUUCCAAGCUCUGAUCACUCUGAAUGACUUGGCUGACUAAUAAACAUUUAAUAACUUUGUUCUCUGCCAAGCUGAGCCAUUUGAACAGCGACAAUGAACCUUCUCUGGAGUCGGAUGUGAUUGUGAGGCAGGUAGGAACAUGUUGGGCAGUUUGGAGGAGUGAACUGUACCUCACAAAUAUCAUUUAUAGGAGUGCAGCAGGGAAGGUUGCUGUGGAAAGAGCAACAGGAACCUUGUGUUCCAGACCAUGAAGAGAUGGUUAUUAGUAGAAGUAGCACUAGCUGACAGCUACAGACCCAGCUCCAUAGGCUGACUGUGUGGAAAAGUGCUGAGGAAGAAAGAUGGAGCAGAAAGGCAGCAUGAAGACCUUUGAGAAAGAACAAGAUGGGGGCAACCAGCAAAUAAAAGAGGUCAGCUGGGCAGCUUCUGUAACUGGGCGCAGGCUCUCACGGCCAAUCCAAAGGCCCAGUCAGACUCUGGACCGGACCUACAUCAGCCUGAAAGGCCUAGUGACCGCUCAGAUGUUCUCUAAAGGACUGAAGGAACGAGCUGCUGCAAAACUUGCCGCAAAAAGAGGAGUCUUAUCUUCCAUGAGAAAACCUGUGACCAUCAUCCACGAACAGGUGCCAGUGGGUUGUUCCCAGCCUGGUGAGCGCUUCCCGAACUCCAGAGCGUUCCAGCUGCUGCAGCAUUUCCUGAACACUCGUCUGGACAGAGUGACCUAUGACCCUUCCUCAGCAAGCCAGCUGGUCCAGGAGUUUAGUGAGGAGAUUCGGACGCUGGUCCACACUGUCUGCCCUGCGCGGUAUAAACUCGUGUGUAUGGUGGCUUUAGGACAGAAGACGGGCCACGAGGGGGUCACGCUGGCCAGUCGCUGCCUGUGGGACGUCCACUCUGACACAUGCGUCUCUUACACAUACCAGAGCCCCAAACUCUACUGUACAGUCAGCCUGUUUGCAGUGUAUUCUGAGUGAGAGCAGACAGCAAUACAGGAAAAUCUUCAGGGUCAGAGGUGUGUCUCAGAAACUCGUGUGGAGUAUUAAUUUUCUUGAGUUGAUCAAUUAAAAUGAAUCAGUUUAUCAUUCUCAUAAAGCCACUGUACAGUAUUUAAGUAACUAUACGGUUAAUGAAUGUAAAAUAACAAUGACUGUGAGAUUAAAGCGCAGACUGUCCAAAAACUUGAUCACCUAAAAAAAUUUUAAUACUGUGUAUCAAAUAUCAGUCCCACCAGGAUCUU